AUGGCCAGAGAUGAGUUUAAGAAGAAUCCAUGUGCGGAGGUCAAAAUCAAGUUGCUUGGAAAGAGAAAUAAGGAUGCAAGGACAUACAACUUACCUCAAGUUUCUGAAGUUGCUACGUUAGUUUUUGGAGACCUUGAUACAAAUAUGGGUCAGCAUGACAUAUUGGUAAAAACUAAUGCUGGCACACUGCAAAGAAUUACUGAGUUAAAUCCAUCCUACUUACCUCUACAAUACCCGUUGCUUUUCCCAUAUGGUGAGGACGGUUACACAAUGGUCGAGGCUGGAAGAUUAAUCUAUGUUAGAACACACCAAAAGAAUUUGAGGUGUGAAACUUAUAAUUGUUUGACUGAUGCUUUGACUCGAGGAGAGGUUGACCCAAAUGCACAAGGUAGAAGAAUCAUAUUACCGUCAAGUUUUGUUGGGGGUGCUCGGUAUAUGAUACAGAAUUACCAAGAUGCUAUGCCUGAGGUAGAAAGAUUUCUUAAAGACACAAAUUGUAGAGCUGAAGAUCGGCCAGACAUUAUUUGUAGAGUUUUCAAAAUGAAGUUAGACAGUUUGAUUGCUGAUUGUCGGAAGAAUAAGUUGUUUGGAUCUGUAAAUGGAGUAAUAUAUACCAUUGAGUUUCAGAAGAGAGGUCUCCCUCAUGCUCAUAUCUUAUUGUGUCUUGAAAAGAGAAAGGAAGGUACAAUCACGAGGAAUUUGGACGCCAUAAUAUCCGUUGAGAUACUAGAUAAGGAAAUGGAUACCAAAUACUACACUACUGUAGAAGAGUUCAUGAUGCACAGACCUUGUGGAAAGGAAGGAAUGAAUUCGCCAUGCAUGUCUGGGAAUGUUUGUACAAAGCAUUUUCCCAAUAAAUUUGUUGAGACUUCAACCUUAGAUGAUGAUGGAUAUCCUAUCUACAGGCGUCGAGAUACUAGUAGGAUUGUAGUGAAGAACGGGAUUCCUCUAGAUAAUAGAUAUGUUGUGCCGCACAACAGAGAGUUAUUAUUGAAGUAUAGGGCCCACAUCAAUGUGGAGUGGUGCAAUCAAUCACGGUCGAUUAAGUACUUUUUCAAAUAUAUCAACAAAGGCCACGAUCGGGUCACUGCAGAAUUUUGCAAGUCAAACACAGACAAGGAGAAUGGAAAAGUGGUGGAUGAAAUCAAUAUGUACUACGAUUGUAGAUACAUUUCUCCGUGUGAAGCCGCAUGGAGAUUGUUUGGCUUUGACAUUCAAUUGAGAGCUCCCUCAGUUGAACGUUUAAGUUUCCACCUUCCUGGGCAACAAAGUGUCAUAUUUGCAGAUGAUGAUCCUGUUGAGAAUGUUAUAAAUAUGCCAACUAUUGCACACAUUGCUAAUAAAACCUACCCAGAAGCAAGAGCAUUGACUUAUGCUGAAAUGCCUACUAGAUUUGUGUGGAAGAUAGAUAUUAGGAAAUGGACUCCAAGGAAAAGAGGAUUUGCAAUCGGUAGGGUUUUUUAUGUUCCACCUGGUACCGGAGACAUAUAUUACCUUAGAUGCUUAUUGAAUAAGGUGCGGGGACCCAUUAGUUUUUCAGAUUUAAUGAAAGUAGAUGGUGUGCAGUUUGGUUCCUUCAAAGAUGCAUGUUAUGCCCGAGGGUUAAUAGAUGACGACAAAGAAUAUGCGGACGCUAUUCAAGAAGCCAGUGACUGGGCAACAGGAAGUCAUUUGAGAAGAUUGUUUGUAACUUUGUUAAUGUCAAACUCCAUUGCAAGACCUGAUGUGGUUUGGGAUGCUGUGUGGCACUUGCUCUCUGAGGACGCUCAAUUCCACGUGCGUAAAAAUUUGAACAUGCCAGAGUUAUUGUUGAGUGAGGAACAACAACAAAAUUUUACUUUAUUGGAAUUAGAAAGAUUGCUAUCCCCCUUGGGGAAAAGUUUGAAAGAUUUUCCUAAUAUGCCAUUGGCGAAUGAAGAAUGUUACAACUUGGCAGCAAAUAAGUUCAUACAGGAGGAGUUAUGUUACAAUCAUGAUGCUCAGAAGGUAGAGAAUGAAGUUUUGGUUAGCCAACUUACUGAAGAACAAAUGACAAUAUACAAUGAGGUCCUUCAAAAUGUUGACAACAACACUAGGGGUUUAUUCUUCGUAUAUGGCUAUGGUGGAACAGGAAAGACCUUUUUAUGGAGAGCAUUGCCUUCCUAUUUAAGGUCCAAAGGAGAUAUAUUUCUAAAUGUGGCAUCAAGCGGCAUUGCCUCACUUUUAUUGCCGGGUUGGAGGACUGCUCAUUCAAGGUUUGCUAUACCCAUCUCUAUUAAUGAAGAUUCAACCUUCAACAUUAGUCAAUGA